ACAACCUCCAAACUUCUUUCCUCUCCCAACGUCUGUGUUUGGACUUUUACGAGUGAGAAAUUAACAUCGGACGCGUUUUUGGAACUUUUACGUCUUGUGGAAGCAAGGAAUUGCGCUAGAACUGCAAUUGCACCUUUUUUUUUCUUAAGAAAACAUGAAUGAAAACACUGAAAAUUCCUCGGCCGCUUCCUUGACGGCGUCGUCUACAGCAUCAACAUCCAUGUCGGAGCAGCGUAAAAAGAAGCUACAGGAGCUGCGUUCGCGUAUGAAACAGUCGACUCUGGAAAAUCGAAAAGAACUCAUUCAGGAACACCAGCGGAUGCAGGCGAAUCCGGACCUUGAAAAACGCCUAGAGCGCAAGAAAAUGGAGGCAGAAGAGGCAUUGGCCAAGCUGGAAACUGAGGAACGCGGUGAGGACUAUGAACGUCGACGCGCCUGGGACUGGACGAUUGAAGAAAGCGAAAAAUGGGAUCAACGGUUGCAGCGGAAACGUCGAAACGUGGAAAACGUCGCGUUUGCCGAUUAUCACCAGCAGGCCCAGCGUGAUUAUCAGCGUAUGAUGCGCGAUCUGAAGCCCGACGUGCAGUCUUACAAGCAAUCAAAACAGUCAAAACAUGAAAACAAUCAGGCGACACCUUCGAAUGCACUCGUCACAGAGGCAGACGAAGAUGCUGAGGACGAGUGGAAUUGGGUCCACAACAAGCCCGACAAGGCCCGGGUGGACAUGCUGGUUGAAGAAAUGACUCGACAAGAACAGCAACGUAUGAAAAACAGUAAGCGUCGCGGCCGCAGCGACGACGAUCACAUUACGUUUAUCAACGAACGGAACAAAAAGUUUAACCUUAAGCUCAAACGGUUUUACGACAAAUAUACCAAGGACAUCCAAGACAAUCUUGAACGUGGUACCGCCAUUUAGUGCGAGUAGCGCCUACUUGCGUGAGCGUGCUCACGUUCUACGUGCUCAGAAUUGACGAUCUGCAUUGAAACACAACAUAACGAUUACAGCGCCGUCAUCUGACCCCAUCGACAACACCCAUUACACCAAAUUCCCUUUCUCCGGACAGUCUGAGAUGUGCGGUCAGGACGGAAUCGGUUCGAACCGCUUUCUCCUCCUUCCGAUCCGUUCGGUUACCUUCGAUGGCUGAAGGGGCGGGGGGCGGAGCUGAAGAUGGAGGUGGAUGCGCACGAUUCGCAAUGGAAGGCGUUCGAACCGCCAGUUGGCCGCAUGACAACGUGGCCUCCAGCAAGGUUCAACGUGGCUGAUCUGCGCUGCGUCUCAAAGUUGCACAGCUGCUUUUCCCGGAAUAUUCCUCCUCUCGUUUCUUCACAUCGCCGUUCACUACUUUCCCCCCUGUCUGUCGUUGGUGCGUUCUCGUCGGUGCAGUU